AUGGUUCAAUCAUCAACUCUAGUAAAAGUGGCGGCCGGUGUAUUCGUAAUGGGCUCAACGGGACUCUAUUUGGCUCAAAAAUCAGUUCAAUGGAAGGUUAGAGCAUUGCCACACUACAACGAAAGCCUCAAAAUUGUUAUGGAACAUCCGAAAGCAUUGGAAGCAAUUGGAGCACCGAUCUCAAUUGGAAGUGUCGAAUUAUCGGAUAGACUUCAUAAUUAUGUGGAUAAAACUACUAGUAGGCUACGAAUUCCGGUGACUGGCGUCGUGGAUUGCGGCUUUAUGGACGUUCUAGCAGUACGGGAAAACGAUAAAACCGCAUUUGAAACUGCAAAAGUACGACUUUUUCUGAAUGACGGUGUCUACACAAUCUAUGAUACGGGACGAUGGAGUGAAACUGAAACGACGGAGGAAUAAUUGAAUUUGGAAUUAUUUUUUAGGAUUUUUUUUUUGUUGAAUUUAAAUAGAAAAUUAUAUUUAUUGAUUUUAUUUUAAUUUUAAAAAAUUUAAUUUUAAAA